AUCAGAAACCAAAAACGCUGUCGCCGCGACCAACACUUCCCGGCCCGAAAGCACCCGCGCGCGCUUGUCUCGAUCCUCCUCGUCUUCGGCGGCGGCGGCGGAGGUCCAGAGGAGGAGAUGCUGUCCGGCGACAUCCCCCCGAACCAGACCAUCUACCUCAGGAACCUCAACGAGAAGGUCAAGAAAGAAGAGUUGAAGAGAUCACUAUAUGCGCUGUGCUCACAGUAUGGAAAAAUACUGGAUUUGGUGGCCUUAAAAACUCACAAACUGAGGGGCCAAGCAUGGGUGGUGUUUAGUGAAAUUACAGCUGCUACCAAUGCCUUCCGAGGACUGCAAGACUUUGACUUUUACGGCAAAAGAAUGCGAGUGCAAUACGCGAAAACAAAAUCUGACUGUAUUGCAAAAGAAGAUGGUACUUAUGCACCUAAGGAGAAAAGGAAGAAGCAAGAGGAGAAAGCUACUGAGAAAAAACGACGAGCAGAAGAGGCACAACAGUCUGGUCCCAAUGCUGCUGCUGCUCAAAGCAAUGAAACUGGCUACCGAGCCUCUCGUCUGGGCAAGACUCCACAAGAGCCACCUGCUCCUCCGAACAACAUCCUUUUCAUUCAGAACUUGCCAGACCAGACCACAAGCAUGAUGCUCCAGAUCCUGUUCCAGCAGUACCCUGGUUUCCGGGAAGUCCGGAUGAUCGAAGCUAAGCCAGGCAUUGCUUUCGUAGAGUUCGAGGACGACAGUCAGUCCAUGGUUGCGAUGCAAGCCCUCCAGAGUUUCAAGAUCACCCCAGAGAAUCCCAUGGCUAUAUCCUACGCCAAAAAAUGAGUGAUCCAUGGGAUGGAUCGCCAAACUGGCCAAAAACCCUGUACUCAGUAAGAUUUUCGCCCUACCUUUCAAAAUGAAGCUGCAGUACCAGCCUCCCGGCCCUGUAUUUUUUGAAAGCACUUGCUUAGUUUAGAAGUUAAAGUCUUGCCAUUUUAAAUCAGAUUUGGCCCUCAGUCUUUAUGUGAACCCUGCCUUUUGCUCU